AUAAAUUCAUUUUUUACAUGAUUCCUGAUUAUUUCAGCUGUACUUUGAUCCAUAAAUCUAAUUUUUUUGAUAAAGGGAAUCUCUAUGUCGGAGGAAUCUAAUCACUUGAUUCUAUUAAAAAGUAUAAGUUUGGCGCAAUUAUAUCUGUUAUAGAUGAAUUAGAAUAUAAAAUACCUUCUCAUAUACAUCAUUUAAGAAUAGUUGCACCUGAUGAACCUAAUUUUAAAUUAUCAGAACACUUUGAAAAAACAUGUAAAUUUAUUAAAUCACACUUAACAAAGACAAAUGUUCUUGUUCAUUGUCAAGUUGGUAUAUCAAGAUCAGUUUCAAUUAUGAUGGCAUAUUUUAUUAAAGAAAUGAACAUGAAACCAGAUGAAGCACUCUUAUAUAUUUAAAAUAAAAGAGAUUUUGUUCAUCCUAAUGAAGGAUUCAGAUUAUAAUUAUAAAAUUUUUAUGAAUAAUGUUAAAAACCAUAAGAAUAAGGAAAACUAUAAAUAAAAGCUCAAUAGAUUUAAUAGCCAAAAAAAAAAUGA